AGUGUCCUCAUUAGCUGGGAUUACAAGUUAAACCCCCAAUCCCAGCUUGGAGAUGGAAAUUCUUAAGAUUUUUUACCUCAUGGGAUGGAAGGCAUUGAGAGUGAGUCAGAGAAGAGGAGGUGGAGACAGUUUGUGUAGAUAGCCAACUAUUUCAUAGGACUUUGUGUAGAACAGCAAAGAGAGCGCACGGUAGCUGGGGAGGGGCCACAUAGGAUGGGAGACACUGAUUCUAUAUCGAUGGGGAGAAUUCUGCAGAAGGGCAAGAAGCCAAGGAUCCAAAAGAAAGAGUAAUGAUGCAGGCUUCCUGAGAAGGCUUGGAGGUGGAAUCUGAAACUCAUGGAGAGACCAACCUUGCCAAGAGAAGGGUCGUUGCAUUACCACCAUUGUGACCAGGAGGAAGAAAGAAGCAGGUGCUGUCAGAGUUCUGGUCUCAGAUUCCAUCGGUGCCCUGAGGGUCUGAGGACAUGGCUGCAGCAGUGGUGGCUGGACUGAUUCCUGUACUACACUCUGUGGCCGGCGACAAAUCUGGUUACUACAUUGGGCGGCAGCUCUGGUUUGGCCUGAUCGCCAUGUAUGGUGUGGUGGUGUAUGUGGUCCACAUGCCUUGGGUCCAUGUCUAUGAAGAUUUCUGGUGCCAUGGCAACAUCACCUAUCCAUGCUUGAUGGAGUGUUUUGAAAACAGUUAUACCAGUCCUGUCACAGGGACUUGGUACUUGUUUUACUUCAUCUUCCUAAUCUUCUUCUUCCUUAUGGAAUUCGUUAUGGCUCAGAUGCGGCACAAGCAGUUAAAACUGAAGUCUGUGGAGGCAGCGGCAGUGGGAGUAGAGGAGGGAUCCAUGGUGGGAAUCCAGGAGCAUGUCACUCGUCCAAAGAAAUCCACCCUCAACUUCCACCGGGAGAAGAUCCUUUUGCUGUCGUACCUCCUUCAUUUCAUCCUGCAGACGGGCUUCCAGUGUUUUUUUUUAUUUAUUCUCAUGUAUCGACAACUGCCCAUGGUGACAAGAACCACCAUUCGCUGUGGCACAGAUGGUUGCCCUGGCCCCUAUUUCUGUCUGUUCAGGGCGACGAUGGAGAAGCGGAUGUCCAUCUACACUCUCAUUACCUUGUCCUUCAUGAUCAUUGUCUUCUGCUUAAGUUUCUUUAUGUACACUAUUUACCAUUACAUGCUGAGGGGACUUUCCAUGUUCAGGUUUUGGGCGGAUUGAUGUUUAAGAGAAACAGCACCCUUCUCAUGUAAAGCCAUUUCUCCCUUACUAUAAAGUUUGUGUUCUUUUAAAUUCUGCAUUUGGGGCAGGGAUCCUUCUUGUUAAACUUCUUGGUUUUUCUCUUUUAAGUAAUAAAUAUUUGCUGUUCUUA